AUGUUUUCCUGGUUUCAACAAAAUACUCCGAUUGUUGUUAAUGAAAAGCAACGAUUGCUUGGUUCAGCUGAAAAUGCUCUAAUGCAGGCCUCGCAACAAUGUCAAGGAUAUAUGAAAUUCGGUGAAGUCUUGCAUAUUCAAGGACCUCAUAUUUCUUUGAAUACAUUGUCUACGGCAAUCAAUCAUUUACAACGUCGUCAUCCUGUUCUACGAAGUCGUCUUCAGAUUAAUCUUGAAAAAUCAGAUACUUAUAUACUUGAAGAAGAUGAUACAGUUCAACUUAAAAUCCGAGAAAUAUCACGAAAGCGUGUUGAUCAUCAGAUAUUUUGGCGUCAAGAAUGGCGAGAGCGAGAAAGAGAUAUAACUGCCAUUGGUCAAGGACUUGCUGAAUUUUGGUUACUACAGGAUCCAGAAGAUGAUAAUGACAAUAACAGUCCACGAGAAAUUGUAGUAAUCUGUGAACACGGUGUAUGCGAUGGUUUAUCUCUAAGUAAUGUAGCACAUGAACUCCUUAUUGCAUUAGCUGGUGAAAAUGAUAGUAUAUUUCAAAAAUCUUUGAAUUGGCCAAUAACUAUGGAAACAGCAAUUCAACAGAGUCUCUCGUUCAUAAGUAGAGUAACAACGCUUGGCAGAUUCAUUUUUGCAGCCAUAUAUUCACGUACAACGAAUAAAUUACCAAUUGCAAGAAUACCAUUAGCUAAUGUCGAUUUUCCAUUAGCUGAUAUAAUUAAUUAUAGCCAUACUGAAGCUUGUUACGGCGUGUUCAAUAAAGAAGAAACACAAAAACUAGCAGAAAAGUGUCGUCGACAAGGCGUAACCGUCACAUCUGCAGUUGGUGCUGCCAUGCUAUGUGCUGUAUCUACAGUAGUAAAACCGAAAGAAGAGAAUCGAUCAACGGCAUUGCAUUUUGCUUUAGGAGCUGAUACGCGUAGAAGAUGCAUACCACCAAUUCCAAAUCAUGAUCUUACUUACCAUGUAUCAGGUAUGAUGUCAUUCGUAAUGCCGACAGAAGAUAUACCAACAACUCCUGAAGGUAUAUGGGAUCUUGCAAAAAUAUUUGGAUCUCAUACAAAAUCGUGUAUUGAUGCUGGUCAAAUCCUUGCUCUUGGUAUGAUUAUGGGGAAAAUCUUCCAGAAAACACUAGGUCCACCGAACAUUGAUGAACUUCCAACUUGUGGUGUCUCUAGCUGGGGUAUUCUACCGUUUCGUGAACAAUAUGGACGUUGGCAACUUGAAGCAAUGACUCCAUUCGUAAAUAUGAAUCGAACAGUUAUGCCAUUUACUACAAUUCAAACUGUUAAUGGCAUAUUAACAUUUAUGUUUGUUGGCACUGAUCCUAUCAUUCCUAUAAGUAUUUUGGAAACUUUGCGCGAUGGUACAAUGCAAAAAUUACAUCAAAUGAUUGAUGAUUAA